CGGGGAGAGGCCGGCGCCUGCGUCCCGGCCGAGCGCACAGGCGGACCCCGGGCCGCCGACUAUUUCGGGUUAUCAGCGCAGGAAUGCGGCAGCCGCGGCGGCGGGCGGGCGGGCGGCGUGGGCCGUGGGCCGUCAGGGCAGCCCUGAAGGGGCCCCCUCCCCACUCCGCUCGAGUAGAAGUGUGAGAGAGCCCAGCAGGACUCAGAGGGGAGAGUUGGAGGGAAAAAAAGGCAGAAAAGGGAAAGAAAGAGCGAGCGAGCGCGAGAGAGAGAGAGAGAGAGAGAGUGAGAGCCGAGCUGCCGAGCCCACCCCGAUGGCCGCCGACGAAGUUGCCGGAGGGGCGCGCAAAGCCACGAAAAGCAAACUUUUUGAGUUUCUGGUCCAUGGGGUGCGCCCCGGGAUGCCGUCUGGAGCGCGGAUGCCCCACCAGGGGGCGCCCAUGGGACCCCCGGGCUCCCCGUUCCUGGGCAGCCCCGCCGUGCGACCCGGCCUGGCCCCCGCGGGCAUGGAGCCCGCCCGCAAGCGAGCAGCGCCCCCGCCCGGGCAGAGCCAGGCCCAGAGCCAGGCGCCGCCGGUGCCCGCCGCCCCCGCGCGGAGCCGCAGUGCCAAGAGGAGGAAGAUGGCUGACAAAAUCCUCCCUCAAAGGAUUCGGGAACUGGUCCCAGAGUCCCAGGCUUACAUGGACCUCCUGGCGUUUGAGAGGAAACUAGACCAGACCAUCAUGAGAAAGCGGGUGGACAUCCAGGAGGCGCUGAAAAGACCCAUGAAGCAAAAGCGGAAGCUGCGUCUUUAUAUCUCCAAUACGUUUAACCCCGCCAAGCCGGAUGCCGAGGACUCGGAUGGCAGCAUCGCCUCCUGGGAACUGCGGGUGGAGGGGAAGCUCCUGGAUGAUCCCAGCAAGCAGAAGCGGAAGUUCUCAUCCUUCUUCAAGAGUUUGGUCAUUGAGUUGGACAAAGACCUUUAUGGCCCUGACAACCACCUAGUAGAAUGGCACCGGACACCUACCACGCAGGAGACAGAUGGCUUCCAAGUGAAGAGGCCAGGUGACCUGAGUGUACGCUGCACGCUGCUCCUCAUGCUGGACUACCAGCCCCCCCAGUUCAAACUGGACCCCCGCUUGGCCCGUCUGCUGGGACUGCACACACAGAGCCGGUCGGCCAUUGUCCAGGCCCUCUGGCAGUACGUGAAGACCAACAGGCUACAGGACUCACAUGACAAGGAAUACAUCAACGGGGACAAGUACUUCCAGCAGAUUUUCGACUGUCCCCGAUUGAAGUUUUCUGAGAUCCCCCAGCGCCUCACUGCUCUGCUCCUACCCCCUGACCCAAUUGUCAUUAACCAUGUCAUCAGCGUGGACCCGUCAGACCAGAAGAAGACUGCAUGUUACGACAUCGAUGUGGAGGUGGAAGAGCCACUCAAGGGGCAGAUGAGCAGCUUCCUCCUGUCCACGGCCAACCAGCAGGAGAUCAGUGCCCUGGACAGUAAGAUCCAUGAGACCAUCGAGUCCAUAAACCAGCUCAAGACCCAGAGGGAUUUCAUGCUGAGCUUCUCCAGGGACCCCAAAGGUUACAUCCAGGACCUGCUCCGCUCCCAGAGCCGGGACCUCAAGGUCAUGACAGAUGUUGCAGGCAACCCAGAGGAGGAGCGCAGGGCCGAGUUCUACCACCAACCCUGGUCCCAGGAAGCUGUCAGUCGCUACUUCUACUGCAAGAUCCAGCAGCGCAGGCAGGAGCUGGAGCAGUCACUUGUUGUACGAAACACCUAGGAGCCUGUGAAGGAGCACCGAGAAUCCAGCACUGCUAUCCCCCUCUAUCCUGGCAGCCACGGGAAGAUGGGAUUAAAGGUCAUUCAUCCAGUAGGAGCUGUGUGGUCAUUGGCAGCAGAGAAGGAAAGGAGGGAGGGGCAGGCAGUGGGUCUCCCGGGGAAACAACCACAGCCCUUCCAAGGCUGCCCUGACUUCAUUUCUCUAGACCCAAGCACAGUUCAGCAGAAAUCGUGUUUAAUAACGUUUUCUUAUUAAAAAAAAAAAAAUACA